AUGGAGGAGUGCAGGCUGGCUCCUGUCGUGAUCGUCAACAAGACUUUCUCCUACAGCGAGCUUCCCUUCCUGUACCAGGCGGUCGACGCGUUCGUCCUGCCGUCAAGAGGAGAGGGCUGGGGGCUGCCCCUGCUCGAGGCCAUGGCGACGGCUCUGCCGACUGUGGGGACGAACUGGAGCGGAAACACUGAGUUCAUGAAGGAAGAAAACAGCUUCCUCCUCAACUACCAGCUGAGGAACGUCUCCUCCAGGAAGAAGUCCUCCUCCUCCUCCCCCCACCUCGCCUGGAGGGAGCAGGAGGAGGAGGAAGAGGCCAGGCACAUGUGGGCGGAGCCAUCGCUGGGCCACCUGGUAGAGAUCCUGCAGCUGGUGCGAACAGACCCGGAGGAGCGAGGGAGGAGAGGGAGAGAGGGGAGGAGGCAGGUUGCGAGCAGGUUCUCCCAUCGAGCCGUAGCG